AUGGCUACCGGUAAAACCGCCGGUGGGAACGCUGCAUUUCACAACUUCAACAAUGAUUUUGCUCACAUUGCCGAUCCUAACGAACGUCGAAGGCUCGCCCUCGCAGAAAUAGACAAGGCACCUUUCGGCUGGUACCAUGUCAGAGCUUGUGUGGUCGCCGGUAUCGGUUUCUUCACUGACGCAUACGAUAUCUUCGCCAUCAAUUUGGUGACCGCUAUGUUGGGUGUUGUCUACUGGCAAAGCGCAAAGAGCAAACCUGGUACCAUCCCCAACAACUCGGAUACCGCUAUUAAGGUUGCCACCUCCGGUGGGACAGUACUUGGCCAAGUCGGCUUUGGUAUCCUAGCCGAUCUGGUGGGACGUAAGAAGAUGUAUGGUCUCGAGCUCAUCAUCAUCAUCUUCGCCACUUUGGCUCAAUCGCUCUCGUCCAACUCUGCAGCCAUAUCUGUGGUUGGUCUGAUCAUUUUCUGGCGUGUUCUAAUGGGUGUCGGUAUUGGAGGAGACUAUCCUUUGUCCUCCAUUAUCACGUCUGAGUUCGCCACUACAAAAUGGAGAGGGGCCAUGAUGGGAUCUGUCUUUGCUAUGCAGGGUUUCGGCCAGUUCGCGGCUGCGAUGAUUGCCCUCAUCGUGACAUCCGGAUUCAAGGAAUCUCUUGAAACCGCUUCAUCGGCCUCCAAGUGCGACGGUGUCUGUAGGCUAGCUGUGGACAAGAUGUGGCGGAUCAUCAUCGGAUUUGGCGCUGUCCCCGGCUGCAUCGCGCUGUACUACCGCCUGACCAUUCCCGAGACACCCCGCUACACCUUCGACGUCUCUCGGGAUGUUGAGAAAGGAAGCGAGGAUGUUAAAGCGUACUUUGAGCACAAGGGCGAAGGUAAACCUGAUGAACUCCGACAGGCUGCUGUGGUCAAAGACUCCCAGGAACGCUAUGAAGCUCCCAAGGCUUCCUGGGCAGAUGUAUGGCGCCACUACAAGCAGUGGAAGCACGGCAAAGUAUUGCUUGGUACUGCAGGUUCAUGGUUUUUCCUCGAUAUUGCCUUUUACGGUCUGGGUUUGAACAAUUCUACCAUCUUGGCGGCUAUCGGCUACGCCAAAGGCAAGAACAUGUACAAGGUCUUCUACAAUACAGCUGUCGGCAAUUUGAUCUUGGUUUGCGCCGGAUCCAUUCCCGGCUACUGGCUUACUGUCGCCACUGUCGACACUAUCGGUCGCAAGACUAUCCAAUUCAUGGGAUUCACGAUGUUGACGAUCCUCUUCAUCAUCAUUGGUUUCGCGUAUGAGAAACUUCUCAAGGUCGAAGGAGCACUCAUCUUCCUCUAUGUGCUUGCUCAAUUGUUCUUCAAUUUCGGACCCAACGCCACGACCUUCAUUGUUCCCGGAGAGUGUUUCCCAACGCGGUAUCGCUCCAGCUCUCACGGUAUCUCGGCAGCUUCUGGCAAAGUUGGUGCUAUCAUCGCGCAAUGUGUCUUCGGUCCUCUUCGUCAGAAAGGCGCACCGCCCGGAUCCACAGAGUCUCCAUGGCUCAACCAUAUCAUGCAGAUCUUCGCUUUGUUCAUGUUGUGUGGUAUCUUUACGACUUUCUUGAUCCCUGAAACGAAGAGAAAGACGCUCGAAGAGUUGGCCGGUGAGGUUCCAGGAACUCCGAACUAUGACCCCAUCUCUGCAGGACAUGGCACGGCACAAUAUAGAGGAAGUGAUGACGUUCACCAAGGCAGUAACGGUGAUAGCUCAAGGGAUGAGAAAACUGUGUAG